AUGAGCUUCUUUUCCCAAAGGACUGCUCCUUCCAGGAACAAAUGCCAGAACGUUGAGAAGUUCCUGCCAGAGGAGGAUGAGUACAGAGAAGAUGAUGCAUACAGAGAAACAGAAGUGGAGGGAGAUACCAUAAGCGCUGAGGACAAGGUCAGAUCAGUGGAAAUCGACGAGGCUAUCCAUGCGGACAUCGAUGACAAUCCCAUUGGUUCGUUGCAGAAUAUUGUUGCCAAGCAUUUGGGUCGCCCGGUGGUGAAGGGUGACGUCGACUACUCAUUCGACUGUUUGGAAUGCGGAAGCUUUGUCGCUACAGUGGCUUUUCCAACCUUGGAGAUUCAGCCAACCUUGGCUGUCACAGGUUAUCCUGCCUUCAAGAAGGCUAAUGCCAAGAAAUCAGCUGCAAAGGAAGCCUUGGCUGAGUUGUCAAGCGAAGAUGGGAAGAGAGAGCAGGAGCAAAGACACCCACAAAGAAACAGCACAAAAGGCAUGGGUGGCGGAGGGCAGAAGCAGGGCUUUCAGGAGCGGCCCAAACAUAACAAACUCAGAUCUGGAGGAGUUGGCCACUUUCUUGAGCCAGAAGAAUGCAGGCCUGGACUGCUUGGACUGCGACACAGAAUUGCGGUUUGUUUGUCAGGCCUGUGA